AUAUUUUUGUCCAAACUGGAAUUUUUACACUUCAACUGCUCAACUUUCGAUUUCGUCUUUAUUAUCCCUUUGUCGCGGUUUGAGCCUGUUUAGCAAGAUCAGGUAGUUCGCCAUGCAUCUUUCAGUCUAAUUUAUUGGAAGACUUGGUUAAAAAAGAAGAUCAGAAUGUGAGAUUUUAUCAUAUGAUUCACUAGAUGCAAGUACUGUAUACUAGUAUACAUGAUGACGACAAGUAUUACUGCAACAGUUCUUCUUAUAAUUACAUUGAUCAUCGCCGCCAAAAUCAUUGACGAAUCCUUGUUUUACACAUAUCUGACUGGCACACACGACCAGGUGCGAGCUAAGUUCAUUUCUGUGACGUCAUUCCUACCCAGAGUAGAACUAGUUGAUGGUACGGUGACCUACACAGUUCUGUGUUUCCUGGCUCUUCUGUCCCUCGCCCUGUUUUGGACCCUCUGUUUCCUGUUGGUCAAACUUCUUGUCUAUCCUUGGAUAGCAAUAAAUAAAGUAGUAGAACUCAUUGUCAGUAUGGCAGUUUAUUUGUUCUCCUCGAUGUCCAAUGCUGUGUUGAUCCAGAUUAUAAAGUUUGCCAUAGUGCCUGUUACAGCGAUAAUUGUUUAUUUCAAGUGGGACAAAUUUUCGCCCUACUUUUACAAAACUUGAAUAGUUGAUAUAUAAUUGCAUUGGCAUGGUCCAUGGUAUGGUCAACAUUUGGCAAAGCCCAUUUUUAAAUCAUCGACACACAUUGGCUAUUUUAUCUAGUUUCAUUCUUGAAGGGUUUUUUUUUUAUUGAUUCGGGAUUUCAUUUUUUUUUUUGGUCUUCGAUUCUUCACUUUUUUUUAAAUUGAGGUUUUCCGUCAAUUCUGCUGACUAAUCAAAUCAUUAUGAAAAUUAAAUUUAACUGCAAAGAAAUUACUUUGUACAUGUAUCAGGCAAAGCUUUUAUUCUGCGCAAAAAUGAAGCUCAAUCAGCUGUUAGAUGUAAUUAGUUUAAAAGUCCCAACAUGGAAGAAUCCAGGAUUUUUCUUAGAAAGGGGAGGGGCAUGUCUCAAGAAAAAUCCGCACUCCAUUCCUCUUGAUCCGCAUCUGUAUAAAACAAUUCUUGUGGGAGCUAACGUAUAGCUACAUCACUACAUGUACAUAUUUAUGACAAGGCUGGACUCUGUAUACUUCGGUUACAAGCGGAUUUUCCAAAAUUUGACAAAAAAAUUGUUCAAUUUGAACCUUAACAAAAAU